GUGGAGUACUGCCCCUGUGUGAUAGCCAACGACUGCUGGAACCUGCUCAUGGAGUUCAUGCAGAGCUUCAUGGGGAACCACGCCCCCGGCAUCCCCUCCCUGUUGGGCAGCAAGCACGACAGCAUCUACAGCCCAGCAGACACCGUGCUGCAGUACAUGGAGCUCUUCAACAAGAUCCGCAAGCAGCAGCAGGUGCCCGUGGCAGGGAUCAGGUGA